AUGAGUAUUGUUUUCAAUCAGAGUAAAGUUGGUAGCAGUUAUAAAAGUCUCGUACCAUGCCAGAAGUCUCACAGUCAACGGUCAGCUCUCAAGGGACUUACACCUCAGAACGUCAAGUAUCUCAAGAGUCUGGGUCUGAAACUCCGUGGAAAGAAACCCAUCAUUUUUGAUGAGUCGAUUGCCCAUUAUGAGAUUCACGCUCAUCAACCAUUUGCUUCAUCGACUCUCAACAACAAUGAUGAAAUUCGCAUUGCUGUGCAACAUCAAGAUUUGUAUGUGCUUCCAUGUAAGAUCUCACUGGACAUCUGCGGAAGAUUGACAAAGGCUGAUGGUACGACUGUUACCACAGCCACGAAAUUUGUCAACAAUGGUAUUUGCCACUUAUUCGAAGAAAUUCGCUAUGAGUUGAACGCUGUAGAAGUUGACCGAUGUAAAAAUGUUGGCGUGACAACACUCAUGAAGAAUUACAUUUCUCAGAGUCCGAGUCAGACAUUUUUAUUGGAGAAUGCAGGUUGGAUCGUGCAAGAAGAUAAGAAAAUGACAGAUAAUGAAGGAUAUUUCAAUAUUUCCAUUCCGUUGAGUAUGAUACUAGGAUUUGCUGAAGAUUAUCAACGGAUUAUUAUGAACGCAAAGCAUGAGUUGAUUCUCACCCGUUCACACAAUGAUAGCAAUGCUGUUUUACAAGCCGAACCAGCACAAGGGGCAGUAGCAGAGACGUUUAAAAUUUCACUCACCAAGCUCGAAUGGAUGAUAUCCUAUAUCAAGGUAGCAGAUUCUCGGAAGGUCCAACUGCUAAAUUAUAUUGCUAAGGAUACACCUACACCCAUCAGCUUCCGAGCUUGGGAAUUGUACGAGUAUCCUCUGUUACCUCGGACCUCGAAACACUUUUGGGUAGUAAAGUGGUCUACACAAUUGGAAAAACCUCGCUACGUGAUCGUUGGAUUUCAAAGCUCCAGAAAAAAUCAUAUGUACAGCAAUGCCAGCAAUUUUGACCAUUGUAGUAUUCGUGAUGUCAAACUAUUUCUCAAUUCACAGAGUUACCCCUAUGGAAACCUUAACCUUGAUAUUGCACACAAUCAGUAUGCACUGUUAUACAACAUGUACACAGACUUUCAAGCUUCUUACUAUGGUAAAGAGCCUGACCCAUUGCUGAAUAGAGAAACAUUCUUGAAGACUGCGCCACUUAUUGUCAUCGAUUGCUCCGAACAAAACGAGUUCCUGAAAUCUGGACCUGUAGAUAUUCGACUGGAAUUUGAAUCAACGCAAACUUUCUCCGAUACUACAACAGCGUACUGCUUGAUCAUACAUGAUCGCAUCAUCGAAUACAAACCUCUCAGCGGUGGAAUGAAGAAAAUGAUUUGA